CUGACGUACUCAGUCAAAAAUUAGAAUACAUGACACUGUGUUUUGUAUAUGGGGAAUAGACCUUCGAGUAAAAUUUAUCCGUAUUACUUCUUCCCUGAAAUUAAUCGACAGGCAGACAUAUAUACAGGUAGCAUAUUGUGAGCCACGUGUUAAUAAGUCUCACAGUCGAACUCAUCUAUACCCAGACGUGUGAGAGAUACGAUCACAAAUCACACACACACGAGUUAAUCUACACAGCCCCUGUCUACCACUAGUACUACUGCUACUACUACUAUUGCUACAAAUAAUCAUAGUAAUAAUAAUAAUAACAGUCACAUAAGCAGCGUGUCAAGGUGAUUUCUACUAUCAUACAUACACACACACACAAAUAGAGACAUACACACAACUCUGUGGGGCACAAAAACAUAUCACUGGUGUUUUGCCUUCUGCCUCUAGGCCUCCCAUCUGUCACUAUAUAAAUUGGUGGAUCACACAUUUUAUGCCUCAUUUUGCUGUAUGAUACAGUUCGACGUGUAAAUUAUUAUCUCUCUUGAGUGAUUUAUCACUUAGAGAAGAAAAAUUGUCACACCCAUAUUAUUCAUACAAUAUAAUAAUAUUUCGAAGAAAACUUGAUGUUAUAAAAAGCUUCAUUGCAUUCCAUUUUUACAAAAUUCAUUAAAAUAUUAUCGCCGUUGUGCUUUCAAAUCAAUUACAACAGAAAAACAAAACAUCCUCUCUCCCUACACCUUUUUUGUUGUUGUUGCCUACUUGAACAUUAAUAACAACAGCGAAGAAAAAAAAGAAGAAGAAGUAUACACAAAGAAGAAUGUGGAUGCAAGAUUGUGAUCAGUGUGCUUCAGCUAAAUUAGGAGGUCUACAAGUGUGGAUGCAACACUUAACAGAUGAACAUGCUAUACCAACUGAAUGGCCAAGUGAUCGAGCCGCUAAACUAACCGGUACCAAUGCUCUACGACCGUAUACAACCAUUGCUGAAUCAAAAAAGAAACGAAGAAAAGACAGUAUUCCAAGACCACUGAACAGUUUCAUGGUUGCUAGCAGCCGGCGAGAAAUCAACAAUAAUGAUAAUAUUAAUAAUAAUAUGGAUCCAUGUUAAUCCGUUCAAAUUGUGUUAUACUUCCUCUCUUUUCAGAUCAUAGGCAUUAUUUGUUCAAUUUCACAAGAUCUCUUUGUUUUACAUUUUCUUACAGCUAUUUGCACAACACAUUCGUCGUAAUGUACUACGUGUAUUCAGUGACGCAUCGAAUUCUGUUAUAAGUCAACAGCUGGGCGAUUUAUGGCGUACAGUGCCCAGAAGUUGUCGUAAUCAGUAUGAUGAUGAGGCUAACCGACUAGUUAAAAUUCAUCAGAUUGAAUUUCCUAAUUACAAGUAUCAACCGAAAAAGCGUCAGAUCACAUCAACUGUAAGCAGUACAACAGAACACCACUCUCGUACAGCUAUUCAUCAUCACCAUAACAAUCACAACAACAACAGCCACAAUAACAACAACGCCAAUGCUAACAUCAACGUCAGUGGAAUAAAUGCUAAUAAUACACAGUCGGUUAUGUCGGUGACGAUACGAGAUGAUCAAACUGCAACGACCAAGUUGGUCUCUACUAGUUUAAUUAAGUCGCAUAACGAGUACAGUACACAGUCCUGUUCUGUAACAAGUAAACCUCCAUGCGUGAGUCGUGGUUACUCGUCAUUGAACGGACAGGCUAGUAAUUCUGUUCUAAGAAACCAAGUGAACGGUAUGAUGAGUGUUGGAGGCUAUAGGAAUAGUGGGGUAAAUUUAAUCAACAACUUUGAAACAAGCCCUCUAAAGCAAACCUGUAACACAAUCUAUGCUAAAUUGGAGUCUAAGCCAUUGAGUAUUAAUACUAUUAAUAGUAUCAAUGGUAGUAUCGCCAGUAAUGGUAAUAAUAAUAACAACAACAAUAAUCCUAUAAAUAGUCAAACACUAUCAUUCAGGCCAAGCUCACAUAGUCUGUCAGCCGUCCUUCCACCACUGCUAACAUUAUCUCAACAUACAGGUGGACUAAAUGAUCAGUUUCAAAAUGGAAUAUGCGAUUCGGCUUAUGCAUCUGGGAUAAACAGCUCCUCGUCGUCAUCAGCUUCUUCACCAGCAGUCGGUGAACUGAUCUCUCCUGCCAAGUCAUGUUCGUCUACAUCUUCGAUUAACAAAACAAAUAAAACAUCGCCUAUUCGCAGAAAAAUCCACUUCAUCCCUAUCAGACCACAAUCACAACAACUGCCACCUGUGGUUAAUCAGCCUACCCGUCAACGAUUUCUAUCCGCCAACAAUGGCACCAGUAGUAUAUCGAGUGGUGCUGGUGUACAAAUGAUGAAUGGAUUCCAGUUUAAAUCGCACUCAGAGAAUGUAAUCAUUUCACGGAUGUCUAAUGAUCAAGCAAGGCAGCCACAAAAAUAUUCUGGUGAAGAAAUGAAUGAAACCAUUCUGCUACACGAUAAUGAUUUACUGACAACGGAUAUCUUAACACCAGUUUACAUACAACUGGAUCAUGAAGGCCGAGGUCCCACAGAAGGUUUGAUGUUCACACUGCCACCGGGUACAGCAAUAAUUCAGACAAAUGGAGAUAUUGGACGCAUACCCUUCCAAACAAACUCAUCUCAUCCAUCAACAACAACAACAACAACCACAACAAGACGCAUUUAUAUAUCUAACGGAAAUCGGAUUAUACCAACUGUGCCUAAGUCAGUACAAGUUUUACAACCGUUGAAAGUGAUGAAUGUCAUCAAUCAAAACUCGUCGUGUACAGAUUCUGUCACUUGUAGUCCAGCUGUCAAUUCAGAGAUGCUGUCUUCCUCACCGUAUAGUUGUAAUUCUUCACCAACUUCUGUUGUAUCACCGUUAUCUGCUGAUGUGUUUCUCCCAAUGCAACAAGUUGAAGUCGUUUCCAGCUCUAAUAUUCAAAAACGAGAGUCGCCUUGCAUGAAUAUCUAUCAGUUUGAUGCACAGAAUGAACCAGACAUGUGCAUAGAGGAAGAAAUAAUGAUGGAUGACGAAAGGAUGACAAAUUUUAAUUCACAACAGUCAGAUACAAUGACAAAUAUUAUCUGUAUGGACGAAUGUGUGGAAGGUACGAACGAAUCAUUCUCGUCUUCCAUUAUUCCUCAUUGGUCGUCUAAUCUACCGACUAGUGAAUCGAUGGAACCGUCUUCUUCUUCUUCUUCAUCAUCAUCUAAAAUGCCGAGAAUAAUGACAUCAGCUGCAACAACGAUGACACCGACACCACCACCACCAACAACAACCACAACCAUAACAAGGAUAAAACUGGAAGACGAUCGUCAACUGUCGCCUGGAUAUAUGACAACUAGACUUCCACCAUUGUCUGUAGAUGUAAUGAAAUCUUCAAAUAGAAAUUUAAUCUCAUCAUCAUCGUUAUCAACAACAUCAAAUCAUACAACAAGUUGUAUGAUUAAUGAAAAUGAUAUCUCCGAUACCGAUUUCCCUAUAACAACAGAUGAUAAUUUCGAUUCCAGUUUUGAUGCAAUGAUGAAUUCAAUUGAUAUUACAACAUUUCUACCCGGUACAUUUCAAUCGAAUGAAGAACAGCAAUUUAAUGGGGAUUAUGAUAAUGAGUUAAAUCGACAAUUGCAGUCCACAUCAUAUGAUCUAGAAUAUUCUAACACCAAUGAACAUGCUGCGGGUAAUAAUAGUAGUAGUAAUAAUAAUAAUACUAGAAAUAAUGACAACACUGAUAACCAUCUAAUGAAGAUCGAUGAAUUCGACGAUACUUGUCAGAGAAUGACUGCAUCACCAUUCAUUGGGGAGCAUACUUCUUCAACACUUUAUAGCAUUAAACCUGAUAUUGAUUUUUCGGAUAAUCAUGAAUCGUAUACUAGUACUAAUACUACUAAUGCUACAAUGAAUCGUACUAUGACUGUGAGUAGUAGUGCUUCAUCCUCAUCACAAAGCGAUAAUAAUAAUUAUUUUCCACACAAACAAAUGUCAAAUUUAUCAAAGUCUUCACUUUCACAACCAUCGUCAACAUCAUCAUCGUCAUGUCUAUUAUCACAGGCGUCAGGUGUGCCGACGACAGCUUCAUCGGUAAGAAUGAAUUCACUAGAAGAGAUAUUGAAUAGUGCUCCACAAAUUUAUUCAUCAUCUUUAGCUGAUUUGGAUUCGUUAGAUAAGUCAAGUUUAUUCGUUAUAAAACCUGAUUGGUCUGUGGUGGCAUAAUAAUACAACGACUACGUUGAGCAUUUAAACAUUCUAAAUUUUUGCUAAACAUGUGUUUGUUUGUUUGUUUGGGUGUGUGUAUGUGUGUAUGUGCCAGCGUGCGUGCGUAUAUCUCGUUAGUUACACAUAUAUAACAAAUGCAUACAUGCACAGACAUACAAUAAUAUAUAUUCUCUCAGCAUAUCUAAGUUGCAUAACUCAGGUGUUUGUUCUUUUCUCGUUUCCUUAUUUAAAUAACAUUAAAACAUUUUUAAGUAAACCAUUGAAAAUGGUACAAUUUUGCUAACUUCAUAUUUAAUAUCUUAAUAUCUAUUCAUUAAAUACACAUAUAUAUAUUCAUUCGUACGAAAUUUUCAUACACAUUUGUUUAUCUGCAUUAAUAUUUAUAAGUAUGGUGUGCAACCCGCUGGAUUCAAGCAUUUAACUAAACACACAGACACAAUGAUUCUCGAACUUUAUCACUAUAAAACAACUUAAUUUUAUACUGAUAAAACACCGACAAUCCUAAGUUUUCUACUUAAAUAUAUAACACACAUAUUUUUCUUCUCUGAAAGUAGUAUCUCUAAUAUUUAUGUAUAAUAUGCUGAUUGCUGAUUAAUAACUCGUUGGAUAUUUUCUCUGCAGUUGAAUAAAACUAAUAUAUAUUUCCUUCAGGUUGUACAGUACACACACACACUUUUCCCCUUUGUGCUUUCUUAGUUCUGUUUUGUUUUUUUUUUUUACUGAAAAAAAACUUAUUUUAUAAUAAAAAAAACUGAAAUUAGUCAUACUACUUGCCAGUAAAAUUUUAAAUAGUAGUCGUUAGUUGUCAUUAGUAGUAAUGUAAUGUAAUGUAAUGUAAUGACUAUUUAGUAGUAUUAGUCUGUAAUUGUGAGAUACUGUUUGUUGUUAGCUCUAUAUGGUGGUGGUAGUCAGUUUUUACUUUUGGAUUGAGUAGCGUACUUAGUUAGUAUAUUGAGGCCAAUUUCUCUCCUCCCUCCCUCCCUCCUCUUUAUCCUUUUUUUUGAUAAUGACCACUUCUUCCCUAGUUGAAGUUUAUUCACACUCAAUCAACUGAUCAUCUCAGGACAACUUAAAUUCUACUUUUUCAUAUGCAUACAGAUAAUAUAUAUUCUUGGAAAUUUAUGUUAUUGUUUUAUUGUUUUUUUUUCAACACGCAUUAGAUGUGAACAGUAGUUUUUGAAUGAUCUGCCUUCAUCUUUUCAUUUAUAUAUAGCCGUUAAUAUACAUGCACAUAUAUAUGCAUACAUAAUACCGCGAUCACCUUUUAUAUUCCCUAUGUACACUAGACAUUUUACUGCCUAGAGUGCUCUUCUUUUUUUUUCGGAGUGAAGUGGUUCUAUGAAGCUGUCCAGCGUCAGCGAUAACUAUUACAACAACAACAACAACAGCAGGGGUGAUCAUGGCGUGGAAGGGAGGAAGAACAUCGACAGCAUGGAAGCAAAUGAAGCUAAGCAUCAUCUGUCGACUCUUUCUACCCCCUGUCUCCCCCCUCCCUCUCUCUUUGUCUCAAAAGUGUGCAAAACGCUGAAUCCUCACGCAUAUAAUAUCUGGUUUCAUAUGCGAACAAAUGCACAUGAGUAUAAGUCAUUGAGUCAUACAAUCACUGAUUUAUUCAGUCAGUCAGUUAGUCAUCCAGUCACUCACUCACUUCUCUGUUCUCUCUCUCUCGGUCUCUCUAAUUCAUCUACUUAUUGAUUCACUGAUUGUUUCAGUUGUCUCAGGUGGUCCCAUUUUCUACUCACUGUGGUUUACACAUUAGUCUUUUAUGAAUACAAUCUAUUAUUAUUAUUUUUUGAAAGUUUUAGGGAAGUUUUGUUUGUCGGUUUUCGUUUGUUUGCUGUUAUUGUUGAUGUUGUUUUACUACUUACUAUAUAUUACUAUUUUUGUCCCUUUCUCUCUCUCUCGUCUCAUCUACUUCAUAUGGGAUGAAACGAAGUGAACUCACCAUUCAGGGCCACUAUAUCACACUGUGUGUGUGUGUGUGUGUACCAUUAUGGCUGCUAAUAUUACUAUUCAAUGAUACUUUUUAAUGGAUAUUUUAAUUUUUGCCUCAUAUAAACAAAAACUAUACAUUUAUAUAUAUGUGCGUGUAUACAGUGGUAGCUGGUAAUGAUGGAGAAGGAGUGAGCGGCGAUCAGACUGAAGGUUAAUACUACUUUUCCUGCAAGUACUACUACUACUACUACUAAAACUGCUGCUGCUACAACAGACAUAUUACAGACAACAAUACUGACAUCGACAAUGUCAUUUUACUACUAAUAAUAAUGCAAACAAUUGUAAUGUUUUUGAUGAAUUUGCCUUGUUUUGUUUGUUUGAUUGUUUGUUUAUUUGUUUUUUUUAAAAAAAAAGAAGUGAAAAAUGAAAAUUAACACAGAAGAAUAAAGAAACAUUGUUGAACAAGUCUAGUAGUGUUCUCCCCUU